AUGGGUUUCGCAUGCGAUCCUUGUUCAAUCAGAAAAAUAAAAUGCCACGAAGGUUCCCCUUGUCAACAAUGCAUAGCCGCAUCUCUAUCAUGUUCUUAUGAUAGAAAGCGUAAGAAAUCGGGUCCCAAAGGUCCACGGAAGCGCACAAAGGAGGCCAUUGAACAAGCUCAACAGUCUACCAAGCGUACGCGACAGCGAAUAACUGACAGUGACCAUCAAGUCGCAAAUGCAACUGUAUCGCCAUCGCUGACUCAGGCGAGCGCGCAUCCAGAGACGUGUGAUGCCCCAAAUAGUCUGUGUGCCGACAGAUCAAAUGGCUCUUCCAGCCUUGCAACAAUUCAGCUUGAUGAUCGGGCCCGGCUCUCAUCGUUGACCUAUUACUUAAACGUGUACAAUAGCUGCUUAUACGUCGUGUGGCCUAUUGUCGACCAUGAGAAACUCAUCGAGCGUCUGCACCAUGUUGACAGCAAGAUCGCAUAUGCGCUUGCCAUGUCAAUAUGCUCAGCGACAAUAGCUCAACUUCAGCUACCCCCGGAUGAACAUGGCACUUCCUCCCACUCAUCAGCAUAUGAGGCGGAAAAGACAAGACUCAUGCUAGACUAUCCCAAGCACCAAACAGUCGACGCAUUGCUCACCUGCUUCUUUCUUCACGUAUACUACUCCAACGCUGGCAAGAUCACAAAGUCCACAUUGCUUCUACGAGAAGCCAUCGCCUACGCACACAUUCUUGGGCUACAUCAAGAUUUGUUCUACACGGAUCUAGACACAGAGGCCAGCCAAUACCAUCUUCGGAUUGCAUGGAUUCUGUUUAUAACGGACAGAGCGCACUCUUUGCAGCAAGAUAUACCCCCAACAUUCAAGCUCAGCCCAACACUCCCACAGCUUCAACCGCAGCAUGAGCCUGACCCUGAUUCGGCUUUUUGUAGUUUAUGCAAGCUUUUUCAAGCCUUUGAUGGUGCCUGUCCAUCAGGUAUUAGCUCGAAACAAGCUGGCUUUCUCGGUGCCAUAAGUUCUCAAUUGCAGGCGAGGCAUCCUUUACCAUUGUGCGAAAAUGAGGUCCAGAGGGCCGAUAUUGUGGUCACCGACUCGUGGCUGAGGGUUGUGCUAUGGAAGGCCGCGAUUCCAUAUGUCGAUGCCAACACAGACCCGUAUGAUCAAAGCCUCAGCGUGUCAUUUCCCACAUCAGUAGCGCAUGACUUACUGUCGAAAUUGACCACUCUGUCAUCGUUUGCUCUGGAAACCCAUGGGCCUGGAAUGAUGUCAAAACUAUUCGAGGUUGCAAACUCGGUUGCGGAUGUACUCAUCUGCGCCCCAACCCUCGCGAAUGUUGGCUCAGUGCAUGUUGGGCCACGAGAUAUCUUGGCUGCUUUGAGCAGCUUGAUUACUUCGCUGCGUACAACCGGGAACCCUGCACUUCUUACCUUGUUACGAGAGAAGAUGGUGGCAUGCGCUCUGGACCAAGCCAAGCCAGGGAGGUUAUUGCAGAUCACCGAUGUGUCGGAUGAGGAUCUAUACGAUGAACUUACUCACACAGUUGAAUAA